UUCGAUCCUGCAAAAUCGUGUCAAAUUUCAUUAUGCUGUAAACUUGCAGUCACUGCCUCUGUCCUCGAGGUUUCAAUGCACAAGGAUUCGGCACUAUCCCCUCCAGGUAACGUUGAACCUUCUUCUUGACCAGCAAGAUGUCUUCUCAACCAUACUUCGAGACUGUCAAAGUACAAUCACUCACCUCACCGCACUUCGCAGACUGACAGGUUCGCAUAGUCAUUUGCAGAUGUUCCAAUCACCGUUAAUGGUGUGGAAACCUCGGUUUUUUUGGAAGCUUCUGAAGGGCUCGUUCAAUUAUUUGCUUGGCUCAGGUGUAUUCGGCUUUGGUGUACGAACUCGCUACCAAGCCGAUUCUUCGCGUUGCUCCACGCUUGAGAAUCUUGUCAGAAGCGAAGCAUCAUUGGAUGACAGACAUGGCACCGGUUGCUUGAUACGCCUGACCCGUGGUUUGACAUUCCUGUGUAAAGCACUGCAACAUAUGCAGAAUGAUCCUUCGAUAGAGUUACACGUGUGCUUCAAGCGUUCAUACGACGAAGUCUUAAGACCCCAUCAUACGUUUUUCGUACGGUCUCUAGCCGCUGUUGCUGUUCGGGCCGCGCCGUAUCGCCGUGACUUCUAUGCUCGUAUAUCGCAAGGAGCGCCAUUGGAAAAAUUAGACGCGGAGCUAGCAAAAUGGCUGUCUGGACUUGAUGUAAUUGUGAAGCGGCUCAAGGGGUUCAUCGAGGGAGAAGGAUACGGAAGGAUAUGAUGUUCUAUGGAGAAUCCUGUCAAUCUGGAUAGAUAUCGAAGAAUAGACAUGCCGCACUAGCGCUGGG